AUGCCAUAUCAGUGGACUGCUGAGAGGGAACGCCGCAUGCUCCUGUUCGCGAUAUCUUCUGCGAAUCUGCGACCGUCUGCCGACACCUGGGCGGCCGUUGCCGCACUCUUGGGAGAAGGCUUGACAGCCUCAGCAGUCAGCCAGAAGUAUUACAAGCUGAGAAACGAGUCUGCCAAGAUCUUGGAAGGCCGGUCUGGCUCGGUCCCAUCAACACCUACCAAGCGCAAAGCUUCCAUGGACGACGAGGAGAAGAAAACAACUCCCUCCAAGCGAGCGAGGAAGUCCAAACGUGAGCCUCUUGACGGAGUGCCUUUCUCAGAUGCCAGCAGCAGCCCGAGCGAGGUAAAAACAGAGUAUGCGAAGGAAGACAAUGCCAUCCCUUUCCCCAGCUACCACGCACCAUUCAUGACCACAGACUACUUCCUGCCGGUGAACACUCAGUUCAGAGUGGAGAGCAGUGGCGCGGCGAGCAGCAGCAGCAACAGCUUCUUGGGUUGA